AGCUUCAUGAAAAUGCUGGGAAAAGUGUAUAUAACUAAGCCCGUAUAAAUACUGUGUAAUUCUGUAGUUUUUUGAACUGUCAAAAUAAAAAUUAUGUCUGCAGAAUUUUACAAAUUCAAAAUAACUUUUUUAGAAAUAUAAAAAGAACUAUCUCAUAUUAAAUUCUUUAACAAUAAUUGUUUUUUAGAAACAUUUGAAAAUAUGACGGACGAAGAUGUUAUUAAAAGAAGACUUUUGAUCGAUGGUGAUGGGACUGGGGAUGAUCGUAGAUUGAAUGUUUUAUUAAAAACAUUUAUUAAAUGGUGCAGUACAAAUGAUUCAUCAGAAAAUAAUCAAUUGAUGUACAAUAGAUUAAUAGCCUACUUGGCGCAAAGUGAAUUUGCUGUUAUAAAAUCUGAUUAUGCAGUGAAAAUGAUGAAACAAGAAUUGAAAAACUAUAAGAGCAUUUCUGAUACCAUAGAGACGAGUAUUGAGCUAGCGAAAAAAGAUAUUGAAGCGAGCAAGGAGGACUUAAUUCUUGCUAAACAAAUUAGAAGGAACCGAAUGGAAUAUGAUGUCCUAGCCAAGGUUAUACAUUCCCAACCUGACAGAAAAAUGACGACAACCCAGUUAGACUUGCUGCAAAAGGAAUUAUAUGAGCUUGAAGAAAAAAAAUCGCAAUUGCAAAAGAAACUUGAAACACGAAAAAAGGAUUUCCUUGUUUUGAUGAGGUCAUUUAAAGAACUACAAAUGAAACUUGAUGAUAAUGCAGAAGAAAUAGACAACCAAAUUGAUGAAAGUUAUGAUGAAAAUUUAGAAAAAAUGUCGGUAGAUGAAAUACAUGAAAAAUAAAAAU